GGCUGCCUGGAAGCUGAGAGGGUACCAAGACUGGAGCAGCAGGGCUGGGGGAAGGCCAGAGGAGCUGGGGAGCUCUGGCCUAGAAACGCCCCAGGCUGCAGGCCUUGUUAAAGGCCAAAGAAGGUAUUUGGGGUUGCAGAGGGCAGGCAGAGGCAACAGGUCCAAAACCCCCCUUGCCUAUGAUGAGUGGCUUUUACACUGCAGUCUGCCCCAGUGAGCAGGGGCUAGAUGGUGACUGGCAGUAGCCCAAGACUGAGGCGAGGUGGGGAUAGAGGGUGGGGGUUCCCUGGAGAGGGGAGACCCAGAUUUGUGGGGGUACUGCCAGGAGGCAGUACCCUGGCCUGAAAGGGGCACCAGGAUCCAGAAGGGACUCGGGCCCAGCAUCAAAGGGGACACCAGCCUGCAGAGGGUGCUCUGGAGGCUGGAAAUGCUAAUUCCCUGGAUGACCAGCAGGAGGCGCCGCACUGGACAGAAGAAUCCCAUGCACUGCUACAGCCUGGGGACCGACUGGCUAAGCAGCAUUUCAGCAGAAAAGGACCUGGGGAUUACAGUGGACGAGAAUACAGAAUGGGAAAAGACUGUCUAGGAAGGAGUACGGCAGAAAGGGAUCUAGGGGUUAUAGUGGACCACAAGCUAAAUAUGAGUCAACAGUGUGAUGCUGUUGCAAAAAAAGCAAACAUGAUUCUGGGAUGCAUUAACAGAACCAAAAAAGGAGGAGAACUCUAAAGAUGCGAAGCAUUCGUAUUCUAAAGCCACAAUGAAGUACAAGCAGGGACGUGGAUCUGGACAUGGCCUGGUGCAACUGGUAACAGGCAUUCGGGUACUCUUGGUCCAAGGAAAGGCCUACCGUUCUGCCAUAUUGGAGAUGAAGGAUAAAGGCAGCAUAGCCCACCUAAAGACAAGCAUCUACUGAAACCAUGAAGCAGUUAUGAUCACAGACUCUCACAAGACCAAAACGUCUUUACAUAUUCUCCCUUCCUUUGAUGUAUCUGGUGCUGUCCCCUGGCAGACAGGAUACUGCACUAGACAGACAUCCGAUCAAGCAUGAUCCUCAGAUGACAAACACCGCUCUUUUUCUUCAUCUGAGAACUCUCUAGGGAAGUAUUGUGUGGCUGCAUUUCUUGGAUAGAUCCUAAGCAAGUUGGAACAAAUUUUAACACAGAUUAAUUGGCAUCAUGGAACCGAUGUGCAGUCCUGAACCUUAGACUCUCAGAAGAAAAAUGAAGAUCAGAAUGUUCUCCGAAUUGUUUAAUGGACCAAAAAAAUUAGAGUUAUGAAACAAAUCCACAAAGUUGCUGGGUGCCACAGAAAGAAAAAGAAAUGGAAAAUGCUGAAGUGGUUGUAAGCAGCUGCAGUUCUCCUGAUGAUGAUGAUCUUUACAGCUACAAACGACACCCAUCUGUUUCACGAGAGCUGCUUUUGGAAGACCAACUUAGAAGGAAACUUAAAUUUUUUUUCAUGAACCCCUGUGAGAAAUUUUGGGCCCGGGGCAGAAAACCUUGGAAACUUGGGAUUCAACUUCUAAAAAUAGUGAUGGUUACCAUCCAGUUAGUAGUUUUUGGGUUAAGCAAUCAAAUGGUGGUUGCCUUCAAGGAGGAGAACACUGUGGCAUUCAAGCACCUCUUCUUGAAAGGAUAUACAGAGAGAAUGGAUGAUACCUAUGCUGUAUACACACAAACAGAUGUCUAUGACCAGAUCUUCUUUGCAAUAAACCAGUACUUACAGCUGCGCAACAUAUCUGUUGGAAAUCAUGCUUAUGAGAGGAGAGGCGCAGAACAAACAGCUAUGGCAAUCUGUCAACAGUUCUACAAGCGAGGAAGCAUCUGUCCUGGAAAUGACACCUUUGAUAUCGACCCCAACAUUGAAACUGAAUGUUUCUAUGUUGAGCCAAUGAUGCCUUUGGAAAACAGAACACUGGGAAAGCACAAGUUCAAUUUCACUCUGGACUUCCAUAGACUUGUAACAGUACAGCUUACCUUUAAACUGAAAGCAAUCAAUCUCCAGACAGUUCGUCACCAUGAACUCCCGGACUGUUAUGAUUUUACUUUGACAAUAGUGUUUGAUAACAAAGCACAUAGUGGAAGAAUUAAAAUAAGUCUGGACAACGAUAUUGCCAUCAGGGAAUGUAAAGACUGGCAUGUUUCUGGAUCAAUACAAAAGAAUACUCAUUACAUGAUGAUCUUCGAUGCCUUUGUCAUAUUGACUUGUUUAGCCUCAUUGAUCCUCUGCACACGAUCAGUGGUUAAAGGAUUUCGGCUCCAAAGGGAAUUUGUAAGUUUUUUCCUACAUCAUUAUAAGAAAGAAGUAUCUUUCACAGAUCAAAUGGAAUUUGUCAAUGGGUGGUACAUCCUGAUUAUUGUUAGUGAUGUCUUAACUAUUGUUGGCUCAACACUAAAAAUGGAAAUACAAGCUAAGAGUCUGACAAGUUAUGAUGUCUGUAGUAUCCUCCUAGGAACCUCCACCAUGCUUGUGUGGCUUGGAGUUAUUCGAUACCUAGGUUUCUUUCAGAAGUAUAAUCUGCUUAUUCUGACACUACGGUCAGCAUUGCCCAAUGUCAUUAGAUUCUGCUGUUGUGCUGCUAUGAUCUAUCUGGGCUAUUGUUUCUGUGGAUGGAUUGUACUGGGGCCAUAUCACGUUAAGUUCCGUUCUCUGAACAUGGUUUCAGAAUGUCUUUUCUCACUGAUAAAUGGAGAUGAUAUGUUUGCCACAUUUGCAAAAAUGCAGCAGAAAAGUUACUUGGUUUGGUUAUUUAGUCGGCUUUACCUCUACUCCUUCAUCAGCCUGUUCAUCUAUAUGGUGCUAAGUCUUUUCAUUGCACUGAUCACAGAUACAUAUGAAACAAUUAAGCAUUACCAGCAAGAUGGCUUUCCAGAGACGGAACUCCAUGACUUUAUAUCACAGUGUAAAGACCUACCAAACUCAGGCAGAUACAGAUUAGAAGAGGAGAGUCCUGUGUCGAUCUUCUGUUGCUGUAAACGGUCCUAAUGAAGAUAUUUACAAGAACGUGGGAAUGAAUUCUGGAGACUUUUUUUAAAACAGCACACUAAUCACAAGAACUGGAUAGAAAAAGUGGCUGGAAAAUUCCUGAACUUAAAGCUCAAACUUUCUUUUCUUUAAAAUAGUGCAAACUUGUUACAGAAGCUUUGUGAAACUUGAACCUCCAACUGACCAUUAUCUCUCGUUUAGAUUGUAUUUUUCUAAGCUUAUGGCUCGAAUUGUAUCAUCUAGUUAGAAUUGAUGCAAAGGGCAUUAUGAAACUGGCUAUGCAUAGUGAUCUGGCUAGACUAGACUAUCCAACAUUUCUCCAAUAGAUCCAAAAGUUAAACAGUUGGACAAUGGUAACAUCAAACAAAAACUGGUCUUCAACACUACAGGCAUAAUGAAUGCUAAUCCAUACAUAUACUGAGUUACAGCACUACUUACCAAAGGGCUUUGGUUUCUUCAGAUUUUCUAUUUACAUACAGUAAUAGUAAAAACAUCAACCAAAACUGAGUUUUAGUAAAACACAUUAGAUAAACUGCCCCUGGAAACAGUGUAGUGGAUUAACGUAAAUGUUCAAAUUUGGCUCAGGGCAUAAAUUAGCAGGCAUUUGUGCAAACAAGCCAUACCACCUGACCUGACUGGCAGUCUCUUCUCUGAGAGGCCAGAGUAUAUAGCCAGGAAGAGGGCAGGUUGGGUUGAAGUGUGGUGGCAGAGCUGAGUAGAGGAACUUUGCAUAGCUUAUUACAGACACCACUGGGUAGGACCAGGCACGUAGCCUUUCACUUCUCUUAACAGAAUGCUGACCUACAUUUUUAAAGAAUUGAGGUAAGGGAGAAAAUAAACAUAACAGCAACAAAAGUACUUCUAAAAUAUCUAUUUUUAUUUAAACGUUUCCUCUAGUACACAAGACCUUAGACUAUUUUUGGAGUCUAGAGUCUAAAUUAGAUGUAUGGAGGUUGUGACUUCCAAAUAUUGGAAAGUGGAUAUUUGAUGGAGUUAUUAUCUGCUGCAGUCAGAAAGGUGGUCUGUGGAAUUUUGUUAUGAUACAGUACUUUAACCAUUACAAUUCUGAGCGAUUAAGCAGUCAGUCCUCUUGCUUUGGAACCACAUUUUUAUGGAAGCUUUAUUCUCCAUAAUCUGUUCACUUGGGAAGCAGAAUAGAAAAACGGAGGAGCAUAUUUUAGAUGAUUGCACGUGUAAGAGCAAAACUCCUAUAGGUGUAGUAAAAUGUACAGUGAAAUGUUUAUGUACUAUGUACAAACUUGGAAGAUGUUAAACAUGUUCUGUCUGAAUGUUUAUAUUUUGUAGGAAAGUACUGAAAUAAACAUUUGCAAUUGAAGUAAA